AUGACAGAACUUUGCUUUCAAAGCACCAAAUCUACCACAAAAACCAAGAAGAAUUCCUCUAAAUUCACUAACAUUUGCUCUUUUAUUCUAUCUCACCCACUCUAUUUCUCUUACUUAAUCUUCUUCUCCCCUUACCUCAUCAAACUCCUAUCUUUUCUCUCUCCUCUGUUCUUCACCACUUCUCUUCUUCUUCUUUCUCUAUUUACCACUAUCAUUCCACUCAAAUCCAUCAUCAAUUCCAAAGAGGGUUUACUUCUUACAGCUUACAAUUCAAUUUCAGAGAAUUUACGGCCAAAUUCAGAGGAUGAAGAUGAGAAUUCAACCCACAUUGAAGAGUUUGAAGUUUACAAGGUUGUCUUCGAUAUUCCCACAAUUGAAGAAAACCCAGUUGAGAUUGAACAAAUUCAACAAACCCCAGAAAAAAUUGAGAAGAUUCAAGAAUACCCAGUUGAAUUUUUCGAGGAAAAUGCUUCAACUGUGGGAAAAGGAACAGGGGAUUUGUGUGAAAGUUUGACUAUGGAGACAGAAAAAGUUGGCACAAACCCCAAAAAGGUUAAAAAAGAAGAAGAAUUGAAAAAAGUUGAGUCAAAAAUAGGAUCCGAGGCAAAUAAAACACCAAAAAGCAGGUCAUUUAAGGUUGAUGAUGAGAAAAAAUUCACUGAGACAUUUUCACAAACACUUGGCGGGCAACCUUAUAUGGGGAGUUUUGGGUCAAUGAGGAAAGAAAAAGAAUGGAGAAGAACUUUGGCAUGUAAGAUUUUUGAAGAAAGGCAUAAUGGGAGCAAUAAUCAAGCAGCUAUUAAUGGAGGAGGAGGUGAAGAAGGUAUGGAUUUGUUAUGGGAAACUUAUGAAACAGAGUUGUUAAACAAGAUUAAUAAGCCUAAGAAGGUUGAAGAGUUGUCUGCUGGGAAGAUGAAUCUAAGUAUGGGGAUGAAAUUUUCUAAGGCUUUUAAGGGGAUUGGAUUUUUACAAAAUCAUGUUAGAAAGCAAGCGAAAAAAGGGUACAAGUAA